AUGAGCCGCUCAUCUGCCGAAACGUGUUGGACGUGUCGGGUUCGCAAGAAGAGAUGCGACCGCCAGCGGCCCACCUGCACUGCCUGUCGUUCACUUGACAUUACAUGCUACAAUGGCAACAACCGGCCAAGCUGGGCUGAUAAUGAUUUUGAACGACACGAAUUUGCGAAUCAAAUCAAAGCCCAAGUCAAAGAAAAAGCGGAAUGUCGUCGUGAAAAGAGUUAUGGAAAUCUUACGGAGCCAUCUAGCUAUGGAUCUUCCGGCAAUAGCUUAUCGCCGGCUGAAAGAAACCUGCCUGAUAUUCUUUCCGCCAAUCCUGUCCUACUCGGAAUCAGCGACGACAUCGACAUCGAUCUUGAGAUAACGUUUUUAGAUUACGCUUUUCCCUUUCUGUUCCCAUUCUACCGCCCCUCCAUUUUUUCAGGAGGACGCGGCUGGCUGUUGGCAGUACUGAGAAAGAGCAUGCCACUCUUCCAUACCGCUAUGGGCUUCAGCACAUACUUUUUUAUAUUAGUCAUGACGGAUGUCGCAAAUGGAGAGCACGAAGUUUGUAAAGGAAUCAUCGAGAGGAAGCUCGUAUCUCAUGUGGAUACCGCAAUUAAGGCCAUGAGAAAAGGAGUAGAAGAUCUGGGAGCUAGUCAAGUUCCCGCUACAGCUAAAGAAAAGGCGCAUCUCUUACAAGGUGUCAUACAGCUUCUGGUGUUUGAGACAAAUAUUUCAGCAACUAAUGAAUGGGGCAUUCAUCUUAACGCUGCAGUAUCUUUGUUUAAAGAGAUAUUUGAACAAAGCAAUACUCAAGAUGCCAAAAUGGAUUUCGACUCGGUAUUAUCUUUGAUGCACAAAGCAGGAUGGGAGUCUGGGAUUACAACCCACAGAAUUUUUAACCCAGUUCAAGGGGCUUUUAUAUUCCACGUCGCUGUCAUCUUGUUUGCAGAUAUCAUCUCUGCAACUAUCCUUGGAGAUGCUCCGAUGUUACGGGAAUAUCAUCCAGUUCUGAUUAAUAACGGAAGUAAACCGGCGAAUCCACGUCAACUGUUUCUAAAUUUGGAAGAUUUUAUCGGCUGUCAAAGCUGGGUUCUUCUCUUAAUUGCCGAUAUUGCUUCUUUAGUGGCAGGCAAAAAGCAGGGGCGAGUAUCCCGCGAUGACCUGCUCACUGAAGGCAAUAGGAUUGCUGAAGAGCUCCAGCAUGGUAUAGCUAAGCUCAAUGAUAGCCUGGGACAGCCUAUUGCUACGCCAGCUUCCUUCCAGGCUUAUUCUAAUCCUGACGCUCUAACACAAACAAUUGAUGCCACCUCGUAUAACUUGAUAUGGGCACACGCAACCGUCCUUUAUCUGUUUGUUACCACUUCUGGGUGGCAAGAACAACACGAGAUUGUUCAAUCAAAUGUUUCAUCAGCUAUCCAACUUUUCGAAAAGAUUUCAUCACCAGCAGUUUUGCGUAGCCUCGCUUGGCCAUUUUGUGUGGUUGGCUGCCUUGCAACUGCAGAUCAAGAAGAAACGUUUAGACUGGUUGCUUCCAGAAUGGGUUCAUUGUCAGCAUUUGGCACGCUAUUCGAAGCACUGAGAAUCAUGGAGCAUGUAUGGGACACUCGUGGAGAGAGAGAUGUGGAAAACUGGGACUUCACUUAUUGCUUCCGUAUACUAGGCUCGAGACCACUACUUAUCUAA